AUGGCUCCACUGGAUAAAAAAAUUAAGAAGUUCUUGAAGAAUUCAAUUAGGGUUGCACCUAAGAUUUCUGACAAAGGUGAACUAGCAGAAUUGAGAACAGGCCUAGUAUCACAAUAUCCACAGACUCGUAAAGAUGCAAUCAAACAGACUAUUAAACAAAUGACGCUUGGGAAGGAUGUAUCUACGUUAUUUCCCGAUGUGCUAAAAAAUAUCGCAACAAAUGAUAUAGAACAAAAGAAAUUGGUAUAUCUUUAUGUGAUGAAUUACGCUGAAAUACAUCCAGAACUAUGCAUACUAGUUGUGAAUACUUUUGUUACAGAUGCACAAGACCCUAAUCCGUUGAUUCGUUGUAUGGCUAUUAGAACUAUGUCUAUGAUUCGUGUGGAUAAAAUUUUGGAGUAUAUCGAAACGCCUUUACGUAAGACACUUCAAGAUGAUAACCCAUACGUUAGGAAAACAGCUGUGAUAUGUGUUGCCAAAUUAUUCCAAUUGAAUAAAGAGUUAUGUAUUGAACUUGGUGUCCUUGAAGAUCUGUCUAAUGCUUUAGGUGAUGAGAAUCCAAUGGUGAUUGCUAAUGCAAUUGCAUCCUUGGCAGAAAUAUACAAUUUAGAUGAAUCAGCUGUUCCAUUACCCACAUUAAUUCAAUCUCAUGUUGAUCAGUUUUUGAAUGCGUUAAAUGAAUGUACAGAAUGGGCUAGAGUUACCAUAUUAACUGCAUUGUCAGAAUAUCGUGCUGCAGACUCUUUAGAGGCUCAAAACAUUAUAGAUAGAGUAACCGCACACUUACAACAUGUUAACCCAGCUGUUGUCUUAGCCACCAUUAAAGUCAUAAUUAAAAACCUUGGUAUUAUUGAUGGAGGUCAAAAGAGUGAUCUUAUCAUGAAAAAAAUUUCUUCAGCAUUGAUUUCUCUUAUGUCAACUCCACCUGAAUUACAAUAUGUUGCUUUAAAAAAUAUAAGAAUAAUCCUAGAGAAAUACCCUGAAAUACUGACGAAAGAAUUGAGAAUUUUUUACAUUAAAUUUAACGAUCCUUUAUAUGUUAAAUUAGAAAAAGUUGAAAUUUUGAUUAGAUUGGUAGAUCCAUCAAAUUUGAAACAGUGUACAUUGCUAUUAAAUGAAUUAAAGGAAUACUCCAUGGAAUUUGAUCCAGAAUUCGUCUCUCGUUGCAUCUUAGGUCUUUCUCAAUUAGGUAUCAAAUACUCUGAUGAAAGAUUUAUACAGAAAGUUUUAGAUAUACUAGUAGAAUUACUUGAAUCAGGUCAGGAUUCCAUCAAGGAUGAUUGCUGUAUUGCUAUGUGCAACUUAUUAAGACAUUGUCCAACUAAUGCAUCUAUGAGUAAAAAUAUUUGUUCUAUAUUGAAUUCAUGGGUUUCACCUGUAACCUUAUUACAACAAGACACGGCGAAGUGUAAUUACAUAUGGCUAAUGGGUGAAUAUCCCCAAUAUUUCUCAACUUUAAACGAUAAGAUUGAUGAAUUUGUUGAAAAUUUUAGCGCCGAAAGUACAUUAACACAAACUUCAUUAUUAAUAACGGUGGUAAAAUUACAUAAUUCAUUAAAAGGUAGUGUACUACAAACUGUACUCGAGGCAGCUACACAUGAAACGUCAGAGAUAGAUGUAAGAGAUAUGGCGAUGAUAUAUUGGAGAUGUUUAUCGAUUGAUGAUUCUUCUGCGCUAGUGUCACAACUAUGUAACUUACAUGCUCCUGUAAUCAACAGUACGAUUGACUCAUUUACACCAGAAGUACUAGAAAAAUUGUUGAGCCAAUUAGGAACAAUAAGUUCAGUAUAUUUUAAACCAAUGGAUGAUUCUAUGCGUAAACAACUGCAACAUCAAAACGUAAUCAAAGGUAAACACUUUGAUGAGCUACAGAGUCUUGCCAAAAAUGAAUUGGAAAGUAAAAAUAAUGAUGAUAUUUUAUUAGAUUUUGAUUCAGAGUCGGUGAACCAAAAUACAUCGGCCCAAACACAAAACAACAACUUACUAAGUGAUCUUGACGAUCUAUUCGACUUCGGUGCAACAGCUACACCAAACAACAAUUCUACACCUGGAACGGUGACCGAAGGUAUGAAAAAUCUGUCCUUAAACAACGAUGCCUCUAAAUCGAAUACAACUAGUUCUAAUACCGAAGAUUUAUUAAAUCUAUUUUAA